UCUCAAAGCUAGAAAAUGAAGAAAGUUGUGCUGAAAUUGGAUUUGCACGACAACAAAUGCAGACAAAAGGCCAUGAAAACAGCCUCUGGCCUUUCAGGGGUUGAAUCAGUUUCCUUCGACACGAAAGACCAAAAAUUGACAGUGAUAGGAGACAUUGAUCCAGUGAAGGCAGUGAGCAAAUUAAGGAAGCUUUGUCAUGCUGAGAUAGUUUCGGUUGGACCAGCAAAAGAACCAGAGAAAAAGAAAGAAGAGCCAAAGAAAGAGGAGCCCAAGAAAGUAGAAGAAAGUAAGAAAGAUGCCCCAAAAGCACCUUCAGCUUACCCCUAUCCGAUGGUAUAUCAUCCUCAAAUGCCCAUAUAUAACUACGCUACAGUGCCCGAUUACUACAGUGGCGGUAAAUAUGUUCAGGAUGAACCAGCUGGUUGCGUUAUCUGCUAGAGGAAGAUGAUGAAAGUGAGAUGGGUAUCUUUAUAACAUAAACAUAUCUUCAUUUUAUGUA